AACAGCAACAGUUCCAACCUAGAGUAGUUUUCAACAAUAAUUUCUACAGUAAGAUGUACUGGCCUUAUCAUCUUUCAUCUUCAUCUGUACCGUUACUAGGGUUACACUAUCAGUAGCUAGCUUGCUUUGGCGAAUGUUGGCUAUUAGCUGUGUACAAGGCCAGCGGAUUGUUUGAAAGAGAAACUAACAUCUACUACUAUGAGAGUUAGUUCGUACUCCCUUAUUUCUGCUUAUCAUCCACCACCUGUUAUAAAAUGACAGCAAUAGCUUACUAGCUAACUUACUUUUCCACUGUCGAAGCACUGUUUCCUGAAGCAUUAAUGUAAACUCACCCCAUUCAGUACAAAUGUGUGCAACCGCAACAUUCAAAUGAGGCUACAAAGAAAACCAAUGGGACUGUAGCGACUGUGUUGAUGUCAAAAUCGGGGGUGUGAACUAGGUUUCCAUUCAAGCGUUGAAAUGGUAACCCUCCGUUACAUCUUGACGUCUCAUGUCGUAACGUACAGCAUGCAUAAGGCAACUAAUUCUGUCUUACAGCCUCUCUCCACCAGGUGUAGCACUUCUAUCAUCCUUUAAAAACAAGAAAUGGACAGUGAAGGGGGUAAGGGGGGGAUACCUAGUCAUUUUUUUCGUCAUCAUUGCAUGCGAUCAUCAUUCUCAAAGCCACUGUUUACUUCGAAGAUCACUUUAGCACCGCCCUAAAAACCUGAUUCAAAUUUGACACAUUCAAAUAGGUAUGUAAUGACACAUUAUAUAAACUCUUUAUAGUGUUAUAUUUACAUUUUAGAGGCGAUAAGUUGGACAGAUCAGUGAAAAAAAGCAAUUUUCCCACACAACAUCUCUCCUUCUCACUAUCACGCAUUAGUUUCGCUUCCCCACCCGCCAUUUAAAAAAAGACUGGAAGGGCUCAUUGACUGCUUGAAUUAUGCAGAAACGGGCAGCGUUUAGGUCAUGUCAUUGAUUCUGUUGGAAAGGGGAGAAAUUGUGCUUUACAAUAGUAUUAACAUUACAGUUGAUCUGGAAUUAUUACGUUUUUGGGGCGCUAAAAUAAGGGCAAUUGUACGGACCAAGGCUUACGUGAAUUUACGUUAUGCCAUUUUGAAAUAACCCCCAGAGUUUACCAUCAUGCUGUGAAUGUAUGGUCAAUACGUGUCAUUUUAUUAUUUUGUUCGUUAAGAAACUCAUUACUAAGCCUUUCCACACACAAAACACAUUGUGGGCGCUCUUCGUUAUAUAUACGUUUGUAUGAAAGAGAAAGAAAUUCAUCGCUGUAUAUGCGUUUCAUGACAAUUGAGCUCAGUAAGUCAGAACUUGUAGCUAGCAUGCGUCCAUUUGAUGACAGCGGCGAGUGAUGGCGUGUGGGAAUGACAAGUCGAUGGCAGACAGCGCAUCAUCUGCUGCUGAACCACAGCGCUGCAUCGUAUGUGUCGCGGAGUGAUCUUCAAGAAUACGGCAGAAAAAAAGAUCCGGUAAAUCGCGAAGCACACUCGCGCAGCUGCCAAACUGAACAAAGACCUCCUGUUUAAGAUUAAGCAGAGAGCGCACCGAACAGAGAGCGCAGAUGCGCUUGGCUAAAUCAAUUCCAAUAAUUAAUGAAAUAAUUAUUCAUUUACUCUCAUUCGUCGCGACCCACCAUUAACAGGUCCGCGACCCACUUUAAGAAAGGCUGAACUAAAUAGUUUAUGAAUGCUGUUGCAAAUGCAAGACGAAUAGACCACCUCCAGAAAUUAAUCUUCAAAACCAAAUGUACUGUAAUUUGCAAGAUUUUGCGUUAAAAUCCUGCCUAAUUGUAAUUUUCCAUUGGCUACUACUGGUAAAACAACAGUCACCUCCCUGUAUCCACGAGACAGGAAGUGUCGAUGACCAUAGAAUAUAGAAAAAGUGGCAAAGCAACGUAGGUCUAUAGUAAUUAUCAAAGGUCAGAAAACCCAGCGUUCUGUCAUCGGAGUAGGGUGCCAAUGACUAUAAUGUUGGAUUGUAGCCUACAUGAUUCUGUAUAAUAAACAAUGUUGCAAAAAAAAUGCCUGUUUGUGCUACACUGUGUCCAAUGAUAUCUGCCGCCAGGGGGACUCGACCCGCGCUGAACAUACUUCCCAAAUUCUAACUAGAACCUGGAGGUGAGUCAGAGUCAGUGGUCCGCCUAAAAAACGAAAUCAUUUGCAGACUACGUUUUUCCCCACUCACUUCCGUAGAUCGAGUCUAUUUGGUGUAAGCAAAUACGGUGCGUGUUUUGGAAAGAUUGGGGUUAAUUUAUGUGAAAUCCUCAAAUCUAGAAACCAAACUAAAAGUCAAAGCAUUGUUUUUAUUGACUGAAAAACUGUUACUGCUCCGUGACGAAAGAACUCCAUCCCGACCCGUUACAAGGUCUCUCUGAUCACUGUUAUCUUGGCCUAAUGUCUGUCCGGGUGCCAUCCAUGAGUGUGCUGCCUCCUGUUCGAAGGGACCGCAUCAUUGCUCAGCUUCCUCAGUUUUACAGUAAAAAGGCUGCUGUGCACACUAAAGAUGAGUUCAACUCCAAAGUGAAGACUGCCUGCCAGGAGCAACGCACUGGCACAGUAGGUAGGUUUAAAAUUGCUAAGGUCAUAGUGGUUGGUGACCUGGCUGUGGGAAAAACAUGUCUGAUUAAUAGGUUUUGCAAGGAUGCAUUUGACAAGAACUACAAGGCGACCAUUGGUGUUGACUUUGAGAUGGAGCGGUUUGAAGUGUUGGGGGUGCCUUUCAGCUUACAGUUGUGGGACACUGCAGGGCAGGAGAGGUUCAAGUGUAUUGCUUCCACUUACUACAGGGGAGCUCAGACUAUUGUUAUUGUGUUCGAUGUAAAUGAUGUGGCAUCUUUGGGCCAUGCAAGGCAGUGGCUUGAAGAUGCCUUGAAGGAGAAUGAUCCUACCAAUGUCCAGCUUUUCCUGGUGGGCACAAAGAAAGACCUAAGUUCUCCUGCUCAGUACUCUCAGAUUGAACAGGAUGCCAUCGAACUGGCUGAAGAAAUCAAAGCAGAAUAUUGGGUCUUGUCAUCAUUGACUGGGGAAAAUGUGAGGGAGUUUUUCUUCCGUAUUGCAUCAUUGGCAUUUGAGGCCAACGUUCUGGCAGAGCUAGAGAAGAGUGGAUCAAGGCACAUUGGGGACGUUAUCAAAAUUAACAGUAAUUCAAACGUGUAUGCAACAUCAAAGAAGAAACAGUCAAACUGUUGUCAAUGAAGACAAACACGUGACUACUACAGUUAAAAGGUACCAAAGCAAAAGACAUAAUUUACUCAGAAGAGAAACUGAGAACCACGGACCACUCCCAGACUCAUGGAAUUUGCAGUGAGAGCUAGCAGACUGGACAGAGACGUUUGCUUCCACAGACAUUUGAUUUUCAUUUCUGCUGGCCCGGAAAGAACAGCUCCUUGGUUGGAUGUGGAUUCCUGUGGUGUUUGGCUUAUUUUUGCCUAUCUAUAGUUUCGGAAUAUAAUUUCCUCUAUGUCAUUGCACUCCAUACUGUACAAUUCCAGUUUUUGAGUGUUGACAGAUUAUCGCGUCACUGCUUAAAUGGCUAUGGAGUAUGGACAAUCAUGGAUGUCUACAAAUACCUAAUAUGGAUAUUUUUAAGACACCACCAUUAGGACUAUUAGAGUUUUUACAGUGUUUUGUCUAGUGUUGUUUGCAUGCUAUAUGUUUUUUGCACAAUUUGUAACUAUAGCUUAGAUGGAAACUCAUGACUCCAUCCUGGGAGGUUAUAUUAUGCUAGCUCAGGAGUAUGAUUUCAUUGUUUGGAUAGUCCUAUUUUUAGCAGCACAGAGGCGUUCAUACAGUAUGAGAGAUGUGUAUUAGUCAGAUGUACCUCAUCUACGUUAGAGACAAUAAUAUAACUGAGAAUGAUUCAUUUUGAAUUAUAUGCAAUAUUUGAAUGACUGUUCUUAUAUUAUCCCUCUAGUUGAAUAUCAUAAUCAGAGUGAAAUGUACAUACAUAUGUCUAGUUGUCCUUUUAGACAAUAAAGAUUAUUUACGUUU